UGAACGGAGGCUCACAGUGGAGAAUCCACCACACCCACAAAAAUCUGACUUCUCUCCUCUCCUCUCCUCGUCUCUUUCCAUUCUUUUUGUUAGAUUGCGUUUUCUAUGUUUCCCACUAUAAUAUCGAUCCUUCCUGUCCUUUCUGUUAUUAGAAACCCCAACCAAGAUCUGCUCUUUCGUCACGGCCAAAUCAGGAUAUGAAGCAGCAGCACCAGUAAGAAAUCUGAUUUGAAGUGUCUGUGCUUCAGCUGAUCCAUAAUGUACUGAGGAAACCAUGGCGGACAUAAAAGGCGGUUUGGAUUCGGCUGAACCAUGUAUCGAAAGCAUUGUAAACAAAGACUCAGGUGCAGGUGCAAAUGCAGCUUCAAUGGCAGAGAUAGUACUUAUCACCAAUUCUCCACUCUCUGAGUUAAUUUGGACUCCGCAAGAAGGUUUAAGUCUUAAGUACACUGACCCCAGUAAAGCUGAAAAGAAAGCCUCCUUUUUGUGGAAAGCAGAAUCAUUCAACAUGAGAAUUUCUACUUCGCUGUGUACAAAUCGUGGGGAGAGUAGCUCUAGCAGAGAUCAGAUUGCAGGAGAAUUGAGCACAGUACAGUCAAAUCAUAAUGCUGAUGGAAUUGCUUUCUUGGGCUCGCAUAAGGGAUCAGUUGAUCCGCAACCUAUCUCUCUGUCAAGUUUACAUGAGCAAGAUUCUCGAUCUUGUGGAGACAAGAAGCCAGAGAAAGGUAUGAAUGAUGCAGAUAUAAAUAUUAGUCAGUCGGUUAGAAAUGGUGUGGAUCCAUGCUCCCCUCGGAGCAAUGAGUGUUUGCAUGUCAUUUGUCCUGCCACAGAAGCAGAUAAUCUGCAGAAUGAAAUUUUCUCUCCAGGUCCCAGGCCUGAUCUAGCAGAAACUGAAGCUGGCUUUGGAAUUACUGCUGGAACCUCGAAUGUGCUUCUUGAUAUACCAAAAUUUCAAAAAUCUGGCUUGGUAGGAGUAUCAGAUUCUCAUGACUCAGUGUCAACAAGAAGUGGAAAGUCAAUAUCAAGUAACAGAUCAUCAGAAUCGUCAGAAUGCAAACAUCCUGAUUUAGUUUUCCGUGACACACAAGAAGAUGAUAUCAGGAAAACUGACAAUCUAGUUUGCUUCCAGCUUCAUGGUAGUCAACAUUCCUAUGGUAGACAAUCUAAAAGUGUAGGGUGUCAGAGCAAGGAUGGUUUGGUUGUAGCAUCACUUUUUCAAGAGGCAAGUAAAGAUGAAAAACAAAAUAUUAAAAUUAAAAAUGAGACCGAUAAAUUUAGGUCUAAGUCAGAUGUUAAUCCUGGAAAAUUGGAGAAAGGUAAGGAAAAAAUCCUCUUUGAUGAUGAAGAUUAUGAUAGCAGUAUGAAAGAGAAAGAGGAUAGCAAUGAGAGUGUUGAAAGCAGUAACGGUCAGAGAUUAAUUUCAAAAGGGAAACGAGCAUUCAGUUUUGAUUCUAAGACCACCGAAGGAUGUAAAAGAAUAAAGAGAGACAGCAAUGAACACUCUUGCCCAGGAUCUCUCAUCAGAAAUGAUAGCUCCUUUAUUAAUUGGAUAUCAACCAUAACGAGCAGUUUCUCAAGAUACGAUCAGACCAGGACUUCCUUGGCACUUCUUCCACAAUCCUAUCAUAGCAUGAAAGAAAGCUUUGGUUCACUUAGAAUAUCACAUGAGAAGAUUGGGGGAGUUAUGUGCAAAACUCCGGGUUUUAAUACUUUCUUCCAGGCGCUGUACUGUCCAAAUAUGAUAGCCCCAAAUACCACAAGUGAUGAUCAUCAAAGAGAAGGCGGUACUUCCAAAGAUGUAAAAGCCAUGGGGGAACAUUAUAAACAUUAUGCCAAUCAUGCUUUUGGUAACUUUUUGCAGUUCAACUUAAUGGAUCCUGCAAGAGGCAAGCAAACAUAUAAUGACUUAAAAGAACAUUUAACUAACAAACCAUUGUCUGCCAGUGGUCUUUGUAUUGUCUGUGGUGGAGGUAGUGGCAAACCACACAGUCAAGUUUCUUCUUUGAAUGAGAGGCACAAUCAGGCCAGUUAUCAUGUUGAAAAUGCACCCUCAAUAAUGAUCAAUGUAUCUUCCUCCAACUCUCAAAUCCAUGAAGAGUUUGAGAAAAACAGGGGGCAGACAUGUGCUUUCAAUAGCAUGAACACUUCAAGUUCCUCAGCUAGGAAAGGUUUAAUAUGUGCUCAGGAGAAAGGAAAUGGAAGGCUUAGUUCUCAUCCAAAGAGCCCAGUAAGUAUGAUGUGCAGGGAGAAAAGCAAUUACCUUGAGAACUUAUGGAUUACUCGGUUUCUGCGGAAAGAGUCUUCACCACUAUUAAGAUCAGAAAAAUGCAAUUUGAGCAUAAAUGAUCAUGGUGCUUUCGACAAGGAGGAAAAGUUUCCUGAGAAGUGCGUCUCCUCUUACUUAAAAAAUCAAAGGGAGUCUGCUAGAGAAGUAAGCAAGCAUGCUGUCAAUCCUACUUUUUCCUGUGGUUUGAAGAGGCUAGACAAUCAAAUGCUAAAACCUAGAGUAAGCUCGAUUAUACCAUCUAAAAAUUUUAAGAACACAGAUAUGGCGGCUUCUUGCUCUGCAAAAAGAUUUGACAUGAAUCCAUCAAAAGUUUCACAUAACCGUAACUUGUCUUGUACUCCCAUAACCUGUUUAUUUUGUGGAAAAAAUGGUCACAGCUUAAGAGAAUGUUCAGAGCUAGCAGAUUUUGACCUCCAGGAUGUAAAGGACUUUUUGGAUUUGUAUGAUGGCAAACAUAUGUCUUCCCGGUUGUGCAUUCGGUGCUUUCAGGUUAAUCACUGGGCAAUUUCAUGCCCCCAUGCUUCCUUGGAAACAAAAAAUACCAGCAAUAGUUCUUUCAGUGUUGCACAUGAAAGUUGUAUUGUGAGAGAAGGAAAGCAUGAUAGCCGAGCAAAUUUGUGGUCUGGAGACAAAAAUAAGCAACAUGCUAACAAAAGUAAAUUACCAGAAAGAGAAGAUUCAAGAAUGGAUGCUCAAACUGUUAAUUAUAGAAGCAUUUGUGCAGACAGAGUUUUGUUCCCUACUGCAAAAGUUUUCAAGGGCUAUCGGGCAGAGAAUAUCGUGAACAUGGAUCAACAGGCUUCAUGUUCCUCAGAGAACAAGUCAAGGAAAAAUCAAAUUACACCAUUCUAUAAGAGCAUUGCUACAGAUGUCUCUAAUGAACAAAAUGGAAUUUUCAAAGCAAUAAGGAGGCUUCGAUUAUCUCGCACUGAUGUAAUAAGAUGGAUGAAAUCAGCAAAUCUCAGUUAUAGCCUGGAGGGUUUCUUCAUACGCCUAAGACUUGGGAAGUGGGAGAAAGGACUAGGGGGAACUGGGUACCAGGUGGCUCGCAUAAUUAGUGCUGGUCAUAAAAACUGCCUUUCUGUGAGCAUAGGACAUCUAGAAUGUUCGGUGGAAUGUUGUUUUGUGUCGAACCAUGAUUAUGUUGAGGAAGAAUUGAAGGCCUGGUUAUCUGCUACUUUAGAAGCUGAUGGCAAAAUGCCAUCAAUAGAGCAACUCAGUGAGAAACUUAAAGAAAGAGAGGAGCUUGGAUUCUAAGAAGAUGCAUCAAGGUUUCAAUCACGGCGCUAAUAGCAGCCUGAUGGUGCAAAGCUUAGCUACAUUAUAAAAACAUUUCCUAUGAGAUGCUUCAAGGAAAUCUGAAAGGAAGACAUCCAAGUAAAGCAAUAUAAAUGGAGACAUCGUAAGAUCAACUUAGAACUCUCUCUUUUUUAAGUUUCCAUAGUUCUUAAAGUACUAUGAAAUGUAUGUUCUAUUUAGCUAAGUGAUCUGAAAGUGUGGUAGUCAACAUAUCCAUGUUUAGUCAUUACCAAUUGAUAUUUUAUGAGAUGUAUAGUAAUUUUUUUUGGUAA